AUGGAUCAAGAAAAUUCUUCUACAUUUCAAUACGAAUUAGAAAAAGAUACUUUUGACAAUAUUCUAGAACAUAAUUCUAUUCCCACUGUACCUUAUAAAUUUUCUUUGGCAACACAUAGUCUUGAAUAUUUUACUUCUCCUAAUCUUGAAUAUUCUACUUCACUAUCAUAUACAUCCAAUUCAAUUUCUACCUUACCCUUAGAAUCUUCGUCAUAUAAUCUUGAAUAUGUUGCUUCAUCUCCUAAUCUUGAAUAUUCUACUUCACCGAUAGAUGCUUCUAAAUAUUCAACUUUUUUUGCUUCAACACAUGAUACUUCUGACUAUUCUGACUCUUCAAAUAUUCAAACUCUACAAAAUGAUAAAAAACAUAAGUCAGUUUUCGUAACUUCAUCAAACAAAAAACUAAAACCUGGAAAAAGCUGA